AUGCUGCUGCUGUUGCUGCUGCUGCUGCGAGCAGCAGCAGCAGCAGCAGCAGCAACAGCAGCAACAGCAGCAGCAGCAGCAGCGGCAGGAGCCAAACUGUCACAAGCUCUGCUGCAGCACCGCGUUGCUGCUGCUGCUGUUCCUUUGGCUCCUGAAACGGGCUGCAGUUCUACAGAGCAACAGCAGCAGCAACAGCAACAGCAGCAGCAGCAGCAGCAGCAACUGCAGUACGUCGUUCAUACCUUCUCUCUACAGCAUGAGAGAACGCAGGAAGAGCUACAACAAGUAUCUGGCUCUGCGGUGAAUGCUCUUGCUGCUGCUGCCCCUGUUGCUCCUGCUGCUGUUUCCGUUUCUGCUGCUGCUGCUGCUGCUGCUGAACGAACUUUCUCCUCAGCAGCAACAGCGUUUACACCCACAUCACCCAGCUGCACAGCAGCAGCACACGCGGCAGAGCAAACCCCCAAAGAACUGCUGCCAACAGCAGCGGAACAAACGCAGCAGCAGCAGCAACAGCAGCAGCAGCAGCAGCAGCAGCAACCGCAGCAUCAGCAAACCCAACAACAGUUGCAACAGCAACAGCAGCAACAGCAGGAGCAGCAACAACAACAGCAGCAGCAGCAGCAGCAGCAGCAACUGAGACAGACGCCAUCAGAUGCUGAUGCUUCGUUUGAAUUGUUAUCGCCAGCGGGGCAGAGAGGGCAGUGCAGCAGCAGCAGCCGCAGCAGCAGCAACAGCAAGCACCGCAGCAGCAACACCAUCAACAACAACAACAACAACAACAGCAGCAGCAGCAGCAGCAGCAAAGGAAAGUGGGAAAGGAGCUGCGGCACUGCAGAGCUGCGAUUGAAGAUUUGCAUGCGCUUGCGUGAGCAGGCGUUGCUGCUGCAGCAGCUGGAGGAGAGGUAUUUGCUGCGGCAGCAGCUGCUGAAUGCCGAUAGAUACGUGAAGGGGUUGCGGUGUAUCUGCAGCUGCAGCAGCAGCAGCAGCAGCAAGAGGGAGAAAAGGAACGCAUGCAUGCAUGCAGCUGAAAUAGAAGCAGCAGGCAUACACGCGGAUGACAGCAGCAGCCACAGAUCAGAAGCUUUAGGGAUCUCUUUGCCUCAAUCACCCCUGCUGCAGCAGCAGCUGCAGCAACAACUGCAGCAACAACUGCAGCAGCAGCAGCAGCAGCAGCAGCAACAGCACAAUAAAUUCCUUCAGACACUGCAGCAGCUGCAGGCGGAGGAAACAAAAGGCGACGUCGGAUGUACUCAACUGAGGAGCAGGGUCUGCAGCAACAGCAGCAGCAGCAGCAACAGCAACAGCAGCAGCAGCAGCAGUAGCAGCAGCAGCAGCAGCCAACGCAGAAUUCAAGAGGUGGCGGCCCACGGGGCUGCAUGCACUGUGUCUUAUCAACCGAAUGUAGACAAUUUCGGUGGAUCAGCAGCAGCAGCAGCAGCAGCAGCAACAGCAAAGCAACCAGCAGCAGCAAAGGAAGCAACAGCAGCAGCAAAAGCUGCACUGGAAAGGGAUACAGCUGCAGCAGCGGCUGCAGCAGCUGCAGCAGCAGCUGCAGCAGCGCUCCCCCCACGCACCUUUGACAGUCCCUCUGUCAAGGCGAAGCUCACAGCGACGGCAGUAUGCAUACAGCCGCAGCAGCAGCAGCAGCAACAGCAGCAGCAGCAGCAGCAGCAGGAUGAAGAGCGUUCAGCUGCUGCAGGGGGCCUGCAGCGUGCAGCAGCAAUAGCAAACGGGGGCUGCAGCGACUCAGCUGCAGCAGCAGCAGCUUCUGCUGCUGCUGCAGCACCCCAAACAGAUAGAACGGUUCGUGAUGGCGUGCCUGACAGCAACAGCAACACCAGCAGCAGCAGCAGCAGCAGCAGCAGUAGACGCGGGGGCCCUGGCUGCGUCUGUCGGCAGAAGAAGCCACCACGGAGACCACUGCAGCAGCAGCAGCAGCAGCAGCAGCCGCAGCAACAGCAGCAGCACAACGCCCAAACGAAUCCGAUAUGA